GCUGUGCGCAUACAUUAUCCACGCCAUGGCCCAGUCUACUGCGCUGCCAAUGUCCGUCUCUGGUUUCACGGUUGUUCCGGUGUCCUACUCGGCGACCUCGACGCAUGUAAUUUAUGCACGCGCCCACACCGGCUCAAAAAAUUCCAAAUCUAAGGGAAAAGGCAAGGAAGUCGAGUUCCCAGCGGGACGCACGCUCUUCCUCGUGAACGUGCCCCCAGAUUCCACCGAGCGCGAGCUCACGCAGUUCUUCAAGUCCAGCGGGACCGUAGAACGGGUCGCCUUCGACGGAGAUGCCGAGGCAGCAGACGAGCACACAAUCGAGGAAAGCGAGAGCGAAGGCGAGGGAGAGGAGGCCGCGGAUGCUUCGGGAGCGGACGACGCACAAGAAGAACGACCCCGCAAAAAGCGGAGAACGGCCGGGGAUGCCCCUCCACAGGUACACCCGCUCCCAUCCCCGUCUCUGCGCACGCUCCGGCGCACAGGCCGCUCCGCGCACGUCGUCUUCCUCGACGAGUCCUCCCUCGCCCGCGCGCUCUCACCCACAUCCAAAUCAAAACCCUGGCCGGCAGACCCGUCCGUGGCGUCCGGCCUCGCACACUACCGCGCGCUGCACGACGCACUGCGCCCGCCGCUCGACGCGGUGAAGGCGCACGCGGAUUCGUGGGUCGCGCGCUGGGAGCACGAGCAGGCGGCCGCGCGGCAGGCGAGCAAGUACCGCAUGGGCGAGGCGAUCGUCGACGAGGACGGCUUCACGCUCGUCACCCGCGGCGGCGCAUACGGGAAGACGCUCGGGGGCGGCGUGGCCGUCGCGAGCAAGCCGUUCCAGAAGGGCCAGGAGGGCGGGAAGCGGAGCAGGAAAAAUAAUAAAGAGAAGAAGGAGAAGGAGGCGUUCUAUGCGUUCCAGGUACACGAGAAGAAGCGCAAGGAGCUGGUGGACCUCAAGCGGAGAUGGGAGGAGGACAAGGCGAAGGUGGAGAAGCUGAAGCAAUCGCGCAAAUUCAACCCAUAUUGA